AUGAUUAAUAUACAUGAAAGAAAAUGUCUGACUGACAGAUAAAAGCUAGAGGGUGAUCCAAUUUCCUUUUAUAUUUGGCAUAGUAUUUCCGAAUAAAUAUAGAUAUUCGUCUCAUAUAUAUUUCGAGCUGCAAAAUUAAUUUAGAUAAGCAAGGAGCAUGACACUUUAUUAGAUAAAAUUCCAAAUCAAUUAAAAAAAAUGAUAAAUUGGGAAGAUGACAGCAAGGAUGAUAUAUAUUAAAAAGUAUGUAUCAAACUAGAAGAAUUAUUACAAAUUGAAUUCAAAGAUUGUGUUAAAGUGUCUGCUAAUAUUGAAGAAUUAAGGAACAUUGUAAAAAAAGAAUAUGAAAAAGUAAAUAAAUUCUGUAUAAAAGUUUCAUUGUGUGAAUACAUCUAUUUAAGAGUCGUUUUAGUUGUAAAGUUCAACUAGGAUAUCUUUACACUCUAAAGCUUAAAAAGAAGAUAAAUCAAAUUACAUAAUAAAUAUGAGCGAAAAUACAUUUCUUUAAGACAUAAGUUAUAUCUAAAAUUAGGAGAGAAAAUUGAAGUUCAAAGAGUAGAUUAUUAAACCAACUAAAACUUAUUAUAAAUAAUUUUCGAGAGUACAAACUAACAUAUUAAAUAAAAUAAAUAAAAUAGCAUCCUUCUAAGAUGUGAGGUUUUAAAAGCUUGAAAAAAUUAGAUAAGUAAAAUAUAGAAUUUUACACAUAGAUUGAAAGCACAAUUGAAGAAAAAUUAGAAUCAAUACAUUCUAAAUUGCUCGAAUUAUCUUAUAAACUAAGAUAAUUAUUCAAUAAGCAAUCUUAAAGAAACAUUUUAUCUAGGUAAUAUUUAAAAUCUCCUUAAAUUCACAAUAAAAAUACUUAACGCCAACAUUUACAAUAAUUAAUAUAAACCAAAAUUUUUGUAAAUUCUAAGUAGAAUUAAAACAAAUUUAAAAUUAAUUCAAGUGCUAUUUAAUAACAAACCUAAGACUCUUAAAGACUAAAUUAAUAAAUAAAGUCUAAUUAAUUAUCUCAAGAAAAAAUAGAAAAAGCAAAAAUUAUCUAAAAUUAUUUUAGGAAAUAUUUAUAAAAUAAAUAAAGCCUUAGGAUAUUGGAUAAAAAAUAGCCUUCAAAAACUCUAAUUCAUAAUUUAAAGUUAGAUUUAAAGAGAAUAGGAAUUUAAUCCAAUAACACUUCAAAUAGUUAAGAAAAAUAGAAGAAGGGCGUUGUCAAGGUUACUCAAAAAAACAUACUUUCAUUUUUAUAAAGGCAAAAGUCUCUUUGUAAGCAAGGUUACCAAGAAAAGCUUUCGCUGGCAAAAUAAAAAAAAAUUCAGUAGGCCAUUUAAUCGAAUGAUAUCAACAUUAUUUUAAAUUCAGGAUUUAAUUUUGGUUUGGAAGAUUACAAUUACAAGGAUGAAAUGUAAAAUACACCUCUAUUUUAUUGUGCAAAAUAUGUAAAACAAGUUUGAUUUAGAAUCUCUAUGAAUUAUGCUAAUUUUUGUUGCAAAAUGGAGGAAACCCCAAUAUCAAGUGUUCACAAGGACAAACUGCCACCCAUUAAGCGUGUUUAUCAAAAAACCCUAAGCUUUUUAAUUUAUUUACUUAAUAUGGUAUCAAUUUCACAAUGUUUAUAGGUGCUGAUUUUAAUAUGCCUGAUGAUAAUGGAAUUAUUGCUUAAGCAAUAAUUGAAAAAGAAAAGAUCCCUUUUCUUUUAAAUGAAAAGGAUUUAAACCUUUAUUCAUAUAAAGUUAGCUCACCUAAAUUUGAUGAAUUUCUUGUAAUGUGA